AUGUCACUUCUACCUAUUAACACAUUUCCCGGAAUGAUAUUCCUGGAAGCUCGUAUGUUAGCGCAAUCGUCAGCGGUCAUAUCACAAGUCGGCUUGAGUAUUGAAGCUCCGGAAUGCAGUGUUGCUCUAUUUUCGAGAACAAGUGGUGUUCUACUAGUUGCUGGUGUUGGCUCAUAUUGUGCUUACCGAAUAUGUACAAACUUUUUAGGCCGAAGAUUUGUAUGGAUGCUACUGGAAUCAUCCCGAACCGAUUCCAUACCAACAGCUGAUCGUCGUCUUCUCUACGAUUGCAAUAUACCAUAUGAUGGCAGCUUAAGGAUAGAAGAAAUUGAUGAUGAUAAUGAUGAUGAAGAAGAUGCAUGUAAUGAUCAAGGAGAUGCAGCUAGUGUGGAAGAAUUUCGAUCCAGAGUUUCAGAAAGUAAAUCUCUCAGUCAGAUAUCAAGAUCAUCAAGAGUUCGUGCAUCCACAAGAGCGAAAGGUCUUUUCUCAUUACGACAUGCUCAUAAACCAAGAGAAGGCGUUCUAAGCAGAAGAAGUACGACGACAAGUUCACAAAGUUCUGAACGAUCUGCAUCCCCGACGAAUUCUGAACGAUCAGCGUCUUUACAAAUAGUUUGGGAAGGCGGACAAGAUUGGGAAGAUGAAUUUGCCAAUGAGCCAAGUACCUCAACUGCUAUUCAACCAAUUAGGUAUCGGUUGGAACAAUCUAUUUCCAAUUCAGAAAAUCCAAUCCCAGCUGCAUCAGUUGGAGAUUUAUGCUCAAUUUUUGAUGAUGUAAUGUCGAUGACAUCAGGCUUAGACGUACCUGAUGAAGUCCUUUACGGAAAUGAUGAGAACUCGAUUGAGGAAGAAGAAGAAACUCAAUUAAGCCAUAUCAAAUGCCUUACAGAUAGUAAAUAUAUGUAUUCAAGUCUUGUUGCGGGUAGUGAGUUUGGAUCAGAAACGGGGUCUUCGAACAACAGUCCUUCCCGAGUAAAAUCUUUUAAGAGGAAAAAGCCUGAAAUCACUGGACUCUGGAACUUCUCGCCCGAUGAGCCUUGUACUUCAACGACCAAUAGUAAUCUAAUGACUGAUAGUGCUUUAUCCAGAAGUACUCAAUCAAAGAAAAGCUCUCACGGCUUGUCAAUGUUCGAUUCGGCAAUUGGAACAGACCUUAUGUCGAGUGAAGAAGGAUCUGUCGGUCAUCCAAGGCUAAAUCCUUUAAGAGAAGCAGACAACAUUUCAAUAGCCCAAACAGACGUGAGUAUGGAAUGGUAUGAAGAUGAAGGACUUCGAUGUAAUAAUCCAACAGAAUUCGAGACAAAAUUACAAAUUGAAGGAUUAGAUUGGGAAAUGGAUUCCAACACUCCCGUUCAUCGAGCUAAGGAUCGUGCCAUGUGCAUCUCAUCUGUUUAUCGUCCAAAGAGCUUUCGAGACUUAAUGGUGAUUGCCUGUCAACAGUUCCAGCCCUACUCACCUCAAUUCAAGAUUUUACAUGAGAUGUACCAUCGUCGGAGAUUUAGAAAACUUGGCCAGCUUGAUGGUGAAGUAACAGCUGAGAAGCAGAUUCAUCUGCUGUUACAUUCCCUCCUAUAUCAUCAAGUUCGUCUUCUACCCGGAAUCACAUGGCCACAACUUGAGCAGAAGUUCAAGAAAUGUUUGGAGGAAUUUGAUUUUCUUCACAAAUGCAAAGAGCGUUCAGUGAAAGAUCUUCAACGACAUCUGCACGCCAUUUGGGAUGUGAUUGAUUUGCAUGUGUUAUCUGAGAAUGAUGAUCACAUCAAAGGUCUUGAGCUUCUUCUUAUUUUGGAGGCGAAAGCUGUUUAUGACGAAAAGAUGAAAGGAACGAAACAUCCCUGGUUCACAUACGAUAAUCCAUCGGAAAUUAUGCAUUUAUUUGAAGAUAAUAAGCCGUUAGAUGAGGUAUCAUGGAAUCUUAUCUGUCGACUAUGCGAUGUGUCCAUUGAAAUGGUUGAUCUGUCAGCUUCGCCUCAAACAUCAAAAUACGGAAAUGGCUCAACGAUACUGCCGUGGAUUCGUCAGAGAUCUUCUGCACAACCACUGUUCUUCGUCCCAGAAGAUUGA